CAUGACACUAAAAUGUUCUAAUCCUCCACUAAACUGGAUCUUGAUUUGCUCGCGUACUGGGAUCACCAAAACCCAGCAAAACCCUAGCUGGUAAAAUUAUUUCACCUUCUUCCAUAGCAAAUCCUUUGUUUCUCUUGCGUGGUUCUAGCAAUUGUUAGCCUCUAAUGGCUUCCAUUCUUCGAAAAUCUCUGAGAAACCAACUUCUCUCAGCGGCAAAAACCACCACUAACCUUAAUAGAUCAACAAUUCUCAGCUCUAAACCUAUACUGUCAUCACCUUUGCCCCAUCAUCCUUCUUCCAGCAGGCUUGGUAAAAUCCCAUUUUUUCCUCAACUGGGAACAGUGGAUCCAAAUCUGAAUGUUGGGUUUUAUCCAAGCUUUUCUUUUGGGCAUUUCCUAAAUCCAGUUUCUCCAAAUGGGUUGACUACACCUGAGGAAGUGGAUGAUGUUAUUGCGGAUGAGUCACAUAAGAUUUGGGCUGAUAGUGUGAAGAAGAAGAGGAAGAGGAAGAUGAACAAACACAAGUUGAAGAAGUUACGGAAGCGCCUCAGGAGGAAGACAUAGUGUAUUUUACCAUUGUGUCAUUGGUGAGGAAUUUCUCAUUGAGGCUGCAUUUGUCGUGUUUAGCUGUGGUUAAAGAUGUAAUUUUUCUUUUGGUCUAUCGACAAUUUUGGUCGAAGAAAUUGCUGAACCUAGUUUUAGGAAUAAUUAAAAAGAAAAUUCAUGUUAAAUGAUGUGUGUUUGGGAUGCUCAUUAGCCUGUACUUGAUGAGAUUCUUACAGUCUAACAUAGAUAGUACAUCAUCUUUUUUUA